UGAAUUCCCACAAUCAUAAAACAAACGACUCUGAAUUCUUUUGUUUUCUUCUUUCAUUUCAUCACAUCACAUGGCACUUUCCACUUCCAUCCCCCUCCACCACCCCAAGCUUUCAAGGUUACAUUUAUAAUAGUAUAGUACUAGCUAUACAUACCUCAACUACUUCUAUUUUCCAUUCAUUCAUAUUAAUGUUUUUAAUCGACCAUGCCCCUUAUCGAUGAUUCUCCAACACGCUUCUCCCAUCUCUCACUUCCACUUCUCUCCACUCUCCUCUCUCUGCCCCGGUAACAGUAACACCCCAUUCCCCUUCUCCAGAAGAAGGCGAAAGCGCUUAUUCGCCAAUUCCGGCUCCCGCAAAUUCCGCAGAAAAUGCACCGUCCGCUUCUGCGCCGUUCCCUCCUCCGACAACAACCACCCAAACUGGAACGCCGAUUUCGCCAAUUCCGCGCGCAGAACCGCCACAACCUUCGUUCUCAAACGAAUUUCCAACAACAACAACAACAACAACAACAACAACAACAACGAUAACGAUGUUAUCGUUACCGAAUUACAAGCACCACCGCCAUCGGUUCAAUUAGGUUCAAACUUCACCGGUUUCAGCGAGGAUCCUAUCGUGGAUAAGCUGAGGACGCAGCUAGGGGUGAUACACCCGAUUCCCUCCCCUCCGAUUAACCGCAACGUCAUCGGCCUGUUCGUCUUCUUCUUCUUCGUCGGCGUCGUGUUCGACAAGCUGUGGACUUGGCGGCGGCGGCGGAGCAAGAACAACAGCGGCGGCGGCGAGGACGGGCUUGGCGUGUGGCCGCAGGUGCCAACGAGCUUCUCGCUGCUUCUGGAGAAGGAUUUGCAGAGGAAGGAGUCGGUGGAGUGGGUGAACAUGGUGUUGGGGAAGCUGUGGAAGGUGUAUAGAGGAGGAAUUGAGAACUGGAUCAUAGGGCUGCUUCAGCCUGUCAUUGAUAAUCUCAAGAAGCCUGAUUACGUGCAGAGGGUUGAAAUUAAGCAGUUCUCGUUAGGGGAUGAACCCUUGUCUGUUAGAAACGUUGAGCGCAGGACUUCUCGCAGAGUCAACGAUUUGCAGUACCAGAUAGGCCUUAGGUAUACAGGUGGUGCUCGCAUGCUGUUAAUGCUUUCUCUGAAAUUUGGCAUCAUUCCAAUUGUUGUACCCGUUGGUGUUCGAGAUUUUGACAUUGAUGGUGAACUUUGGGUAAAAUUAAGGUUAAUACCAACAGAGCCUUGGGUGGGAGCUGUUUCAUGGGCUUUUGUUUCACUCCCAAAGAUCAAGUUUGAAUUGUCUCUAUUCCGUCUGUUCAAUUUAAUGGCUAUUCCAGUUCUCUCGAUGUUUUUGACUAAACUUCUCACUGAAGAUUUACCUAAACUAUUUGUACGCCCAAAGAAAAUAGUUUUAGAUUUCCAAAAGGGAAAAGCUGUUGGUCCAGUUGCUGUUGGUGUUAAAUCUGGAGAAACGCAAGAAGGAAACAAGGAUUCUGUGGGUGAACUAUCUGUUACUCUGGUGGAUGCUCGAAAGCUUUCUUAUAUUUUUUACGGCAAGACAGAUCCUUAUGUUAUUCUUAGCCUUGGAAAUCAAGUUAUACGCAGCAAAAAGAACAGUCAAACUACUGUAAUUGGACCCCCUGGAAUGCCAAUUUGGAAUCAGGAUUUUCAUAUGCUUGUUUCCAACCCUAGAAAGCAGAAGUUAUUCAUCCAAGUAAAGGACGUUCUAGGAUUUGCAGAUUUGACUAUUGGUACAGGAGAGGUUGAUUUAGGAUCUCUCAAAGACACUGUUCCAACAGACAGAAUUGUGGUUUUACAAGGAGGUUGGGGAUUUUUAGGAAAGCGCUCUUCUGGGGAGAUAUUACUUCGGCUAACAUAUAAAGCAUAUGUGGAGGAUGAGGAAGAUGAUAAAACUGAGGUGUAUGCCAUUUAUACUGACGUUUCUGAUGAUGAGUUGUCUGAUUCAGAAGUAAAUGGUACUAAUGAGAAGGAUGAAAGAGAUUCUGCGUAUGAAACAGAUAAGGAGUCAUUUAUGGAUGUUUUGGCAGCAUUAAUUGUUAGCGAAGAAUUUCAGGGGAUAGUAGCAUCUGAAACAGGGUUUAGCAAAGUUUUGGAUAGUGGCUCAAAUGCUGGACCUAGAGUGUCAAAAUCUCAAGUUCCCAAUGUUGAACCAAUUCCUUCUAGUUCUGAUAAUUCCGAAGGUUUUGGAGGGUCAGCUUUACUUUGGCUUGCUGUGAUUACUAGCAUAUCACUACUAAUUGCUCUCAACGUUGGGGGAUCCAGUCUCUUCAAUCCCUAAGGUUGGUCAGUAGAUAUAAUUAGAUCAAUUUUCUUUUAUCCGCUAUUUACAGUGUUUGUAUAUUCGUGAGUGCUUCUGAUGGAGAAAAGCAUCUACCGGCGGCGCAUAUUUUUGGCUUCAUUUUGUGAGAGCUACAAAUUUUAUUUCAGCUUAAAUGUGUGUAUUACUUGUCUAUAUGCAAGCAUUUUCUUAUACCCGGCAAUAAUAUAAUAACAGGCUUCUCAUUUUACUGGCCGGAGUUUUUUUUUUCUCUCUUUUUUUAGAUAAACCAUGUCAUUCCAAUGCAUGGUGAAUGACGUAAAUUUCUUAUUUUAUUAGACAUUUUGCCUUUUGGUGUUUGAGGGUGAAAAUCGCCUGAUGAAAUCAUUAACGGUUGUUCAUAUAUGAUAAUGGUAAA